CCAUCCACCUCCUUUCCUCCCUUCCUUCUGCCCCCUUCCUGCCUUCUUUCCCCUUUCCCUCCUGCUUGCCUGCUUUUUCUUCCCUCCUUCCUUCUUUCCUUCCUCCCUUCUUUCCCUCCCUCUCUGUUACUGUUACUCUGCCCUUUCCAGCUCUCCGGAGCCCUUGCCCGCCCGCCUGCCCGCCCGCCCGCCAGCCGCCGGUUCCUCUUUCGCGGAGCCUUGACCGCCCCUCCGCCUCCUGCUGAUUUCCUGCCCCCCGUCCUCUCUUCCCCUCCUUCCUUCCUUCCCGAGCCAGCCCAGCCGGCGGGACGCUGCCGAGGCCUCUCGCGGAAACUCCGGAGCGGAUCGCGGGGAGUAACUGCAAAAGGAUCAUGGAAACGCCCGGCGGGGCUUCCCGGGGUCUCUGGAUCUCUCUCCUGGCGCCUUUGCUGUUUUCCAGCUGCGCAGUUGUUACAGGACAACUGAAAGUUGAUGUAACUCAACUUCCGGAAACCGUAUCGGUGAAAGCUGGAGAGAACCUCACUCUAAAGUGUACAUUGACUGGAGGAAAUAUACCCGGAGGCGUACGAUGGUACAAAGGGCCGGACAGAAGCCAGACCCCCAUUUACAGCGAUAAACAAGAAGCUUCCAACAGGGUGGUCCGAGUCAUCCCAGGAUCCAACACGGACUUCAGCAUCGACAUCCAGAACAUCCGUCCUGAAGAUGCUGGGACCUACUAUUGUGUGAAGUUCAGGGCAGGAAUCCCAGAGAAAGAGCUGGUUUCAGGAAAAGGAACUCUGGUCUCCGUGAUUGCCAUGCCGUCCCAGCCCGUGGUUCUUGGCCCCACAAGAAGAAUCACGGCGGGGUCUCGGGCCUCCUUCAGCUGCUCCACAGGGGGAUUCUCCCCCCGAGAGAUCACGGUCAGCUGGUUGAAGGAUGGGAAAAAAAUACCGGGUGGCCAGACCAACAUCCUGAAUUCUGAUGAAAAGCAGAGCAUCUCGUACCGAGCGGAAAACACGUUGGAAAUCAUGCUGGACCGAGGAGACGUGAAGUCUCAGCUGACCUGCCAGAUCCAACAUAGAUCGUUGGAUGGUCGUGGUCCUCUCCAGCAGAUCUUCGCACUUCGGGAUGUCCUAAGAGUUCCACCCAAGGUGCGUCUUGAGACCAGCCCGCCUUCUCCCGUCCAGCUGAACGUCUCAGUGACGGUCACUUGCAACGCGGAAAGCUUUUAUCCGGAUGACGCGAAAGUGGAGUUGUUUCCCAAGGAUGCCCCAAGCAGAAAAGGAAAGGUUGGCGCGAAGACUUCGAAUCAAGACGGGACUUUUUCCCUCAAGAGCAACCUAGAGAUGAUGGCCACCGAAGACAAGAACUUCUCCAUGUUCCUUUGCCAGGUCCAGCACGAUUCCCAGCCUCUGGUCAACGAAACCACCACGCUUUUGAUCAGGAUGCAACCUGAAGACAACAGAAGUAUGGGCGAUGAUAAAGGAAACGGUAGAACAACCAUGAUUAUCAUUGCGGUGGUGGUGUGUUCCCUCCUGGUUGUGUUGGUGAUUGCGGUUAUCUACCUCAUCCAAGCAAGACACAGCAAAGGUAAAGACUCCACAUCCGUAAGGCUCCACGAAGCUGAAAAGUCUCCACCGAUGACGAAUCAGGACACGGAUCCCAACAACGUGGCCUAUGCAGAUCUAAACUUCGACAAGGAGGCCCAAAAGAGACCCUGCCCAGGGGUGGAAAGCCCCCUGCAGUCGGAAUACGCCACCCUCCAGGCGGUGAAACCCUUGCCCAAUGACGACAACGUAACCUACGCAGACUUGGAUAUGGUCCAGCUGAACAAAGCACCCAAGCGGCCGGCCCCGAAGGCCGAGGAAGUGAGUUCAGAGUACGCCAGCGUCCAGGUGCAGAAUAAGUGAUCUCCGGGAGAGGCGGCGGCCGCUUAGGGGCUCGAAGGACCUCUGACCAGUGGGUUGGGGAAUCUUCCACUAGGGCUCGGACUCUCGAUGUUGUGCUCCUCCCAGUCUCGGCGGAGGUUCCUUGGAAACUGUUUGGUGCUACUCACAGCUGCAUCCUGGGUUUUUUUGAGCUUCUUCCUUCCCUGCUCGCCGAGCGGAUGGAAGACGUCACGACAGAUCUAACACGGCUUUUCUCACCGAGCACCUCCACUCUCUUCCUCAUACCUUCGUCAACCUGCCACUAAGGACAAGCAGACCGCGGGAGGCCUGUGGGUGCAGGCCGGUCGCCGUAUCUGGCUCUUUCCUGACGGAAGCUCUUCUCGUUGGCCUUGGGAAUCGUCAAGCUGCUGAGAUGCCACCUUGAGGUUCCUCCUUCCUGGAGCCAGGCUCCAUCGGUGACCCCAAGUCACCCCCUAAAACUGAAACCAACCUUUGGAUCGGGCACUCCUGUCCCCUUCCGAGGUCAUGGACUAGACUUCAGGAGAAGGGGAGACAAGAGGAGGACUACUUCCCAAGUGCUUCUGGGCAGAGGAAGUCUCCAUUUUUGGCCAAGAUGGUCUCUCUUUCACUUUGCUUUACUCUAAUCCCGCAGAUACUUCCUGGGUUUAGCUUAGUUAGCUUCAGUCCGGCUUUUGCUGGCAAGGCCACAAUCUGUAGAAAACCUUCUCGAGGAUCCAUCUCUAUCUCCUCCUCCAUCUCCACCUCCUCCUCCUCCUCCUCCUCUUCUUCUUCUUCUUCUUCUUCUUCUUCUUCUUCUUCUUCUUCUUCUUCUUCUUCUUCUUCUUCUUCUUCUUCUUCUUCUUCUUCUUCUUCUUCUUCUUCUUCUUCUUCUUCUUCUUCUUCUUCUUUAAAAUCAACAUUUCUUCCCUUAAGGACUUCUCGUUUAGAGGGGGAGGUGACGGACCACGUGAAGCAACCCCGAAGGGUCUACUUUGAGCCUUAGGAAAUUAGGAACCUCGCUGAGUAAUCGCUUCGGUUCCUGUCCUGACACGAUCUUCGUUACUGGCCUUCUUCUUCUCCCAUAGUAAACUAAGAGUAACUCUUUUAACGGUGAAGAUCUCUGUGUGUGCGCGCGUGUGUGUUUGUGUGUGUGUGUUUCUGAAAGGUGGCACUCCCUUCUCUUUCUACCAUCCUCGUGGGAAAGAUAGCGCGUCUCCAUGAAGAUAGGUCUACAGCAGGGGAUCUCCAAAUGUGGCCACUUCGAAGACUCUUGUGGACCUCAACUCCCAGAAUUCCCCCGCCAUCUCGUGGUGUUAAGAUCUUCAUUUAAAAGGAGGAGGGAGAGAAAUUACUUUAUGGUGGAGGGUUUAGCCUUGACCAGAGAUUUAAACACUGCGUCAGGCCUGGAAGCCAUUAUUAUUAUUAUUAUUAUUAUUAUUAUUAUUAUUAUUAUUAUUUGUAUUAGGCCUUCAGACUUGCAACCAGAGCAUGGCUGGCUGGGGGAAUUCUGGGAGUUGAAGUCCACAGGUCUUAAAAGUGGCCACGUUUGGAGAACCCCCCAUCCUACGGCAUCUCACACCACGACUUCUCUUGUAGCUCCACCGUAGACGUUCGCUCAUGAAUUCGUCGGGCGGGUGUCGAGAAGGACAACGGUUGACUUUGACAACGAGGCUGGGGGCUUUGGGAGGAUGAGGGGGCUGUUGGUUGGAUGUCUUCUUCAUCUCCUCCCAGGUGGGUGGAGCUCCGGGCAACAUCUCCAGAUGAACUGAGAGGAACAGGGGCUCCGUGUGGCUUGACCGCCAACGUCUUUGGUGAGAUCAUCCCCAUCCCCUUCUUUUGUAGUUUCUUCUCAGAUCCCCCAUCUUCUUUAAGUCGCUCGUUUUUAUUUUUUAUUUCCCCAUUCUGGAAGUGCAGUUAAAUAAGAGUGAGGCAAGGAGCAGACAGUCCCUUAAAAAAAAUGGAGGUCCAUUUGGGUCAGGGGCACCUCACGAAAUCGCUGCUGUACUGCCUACGGUGACUGUUCCACAUUAUAACCGUGUACUCCUUUUACAACUAAAAAAAAAAAAAUUACCAAUAUUUGUGUACGUUCUUUGUAAGUGAGUGUAGUACUGUGUACUUAGCACUAGUGUGAAAAGAGAAUCCGGGAAAACAAGGGAAAGGGCCUGAGCGCUGGGGAAGAAGUAGUCCAUUCAAAGGUUGGGCUUCCCAGGCCUGUUGCCCCACCAGAUGGCGAUGGGAGCUGUAGUCCCAAGUUCUUGAGAAGUUACCCAGCUGGGGCAAAGCUGCUCUGAAACCUUCACAACCAACUUUCUGUGGCUCCUGCUACCAGUAACCAAAAUUCUUCUUGAUAGUUUUUCAAAGAUCCUCCUUCUUGUUGUGUCCGUCCUUACUAUAAUGUUUAGGGUUAACUAACUAGCAAUUUUGGUGGAUGUGGACAAGGAUGGAGGGAAGCAGAAGGGAUGUCUUCCGACACGCUUGUGUCCAUCUUGCAACCGAUGUCCAUCUUGAGGAUCCAAGAAGAUCUCAAAAGAUCCCAGGAAGGGAAAUGGGUCACCUGGAGGGAUCACUGCCAUUAUUUCUUCCAAAGGCAGAAGAUCCCUCUCCCUCACCUUCUCCCUUGUCCUUUCUCCUGGCUCUCCAUCAAAUCUUUGAAGGCCAUCUUCAUCUUGGACAGCCUCUUUUCACCAUAGCUCAUUCAAGGUCAUAUCUCAGAACCCUGGAGUUGACCCUCCCUUGGAGGUUCACCUGGUAGAGCUAGGGGGAGUGGGAAUUUGGGGUCCAAAUACUGCUGAAGUCCCUGCUGUUUCUUAAACACCACGGGGGAGAAGUCCUAUCUGUAUGAAGGAUCUAAAAGGGAAGACGUGAGAAUGGAAUUCAGGAAUCUGGGCAAGCUAUCGAAUCCUCACAGAACUUCCUAGGUUGCAGAGACCAAGUUAGGUGAGAAGUUAUGGCCCUCCAGACCUUGCAGAACUACGUCUCCCAGGAGGUCCCACUCUCGCGUUGUGGUUCUACAACAUCUGAAGGCCUCAACUUCUCCAUCCGUGUUUGGGAAAAACAAGGGUUGGCGUGUCCCUCAAAGCCAAUGUAGAAGUUCCUUCCGGCACGCGACCACUCUUGAAGCUUGGUUCUUCCUUCCACCUCCCCUUCAGAUCUGUCUCAUCCAGCUCAGCUCUGAAUCCUCACUCCCCCGCCCCGUGCUGUGCCACAAUUGGAGUGGGGGACGAAGCCAAUUGUGAUGCUGGUAGGCUCAUGAAAACAACGAAGGAGGAGGUGGCCCUUUGAGUUGACUCACGGCUUCCAUUGGGGCUGACACGCCAGCAUGGCGAGGAUUUCACAGCCGCUGUUUGCCUUGCUUUAGUUACAAACGCUCCCGUAGUGACAAGGAAUGUCCAAUCUUCUGCAAAGCAGGAAAUGAGGAAGUGGUUAGUGAUUGUGUAGAGCAGGGAUAUCCUACCUUGGGGUCUUUAAGAUUUGUGGACUUCAGCUCCAGAAUCCCCCAGCCAGCCAUACUUUUAAGACUUGUGGACUUCACCUCCCAGAAUCCCCCAGCCAGCCAUGCUGGGAGCUGAAGUCCACAAGUCUUAAAAGUAUGGCUGGCUGGGGGACUCUGGGAGCUGAAGUCCACAAGUCUUAAAAGUAUGGCUGGCUGGGGGACUCUGGGAGCUGAAGUCCACAAGUCUUAAAAGUAUGGCUGGCUGGGGUACUCUGGGAGCUGAAGUCCACAAGUCUUAAAAGUAUGGCUGGCUGGGAGACUCUGGGAGCUGAAGUCCACAAGUCUUAAAAGUAUGGCUGGUUGGGGGAUUCUGGGAGCUGAAGUCCACAAGUCUUAAAAGUAUGGCUGGCUGGGGGACUCUGGGAGCUGAAGUCCACAAGUCUUAAAAGUAUGGCUGGCUGGGGGACUCUGGGAGCUGAAGUUCACAAGUCUUAAAAGUUGUCAAGGCUGGAUAUCCCCAAUUCAUCCACCUGCCUCGGACUUCAAUUCCCAGAAUUCCAGCCUCCGCCGCUAAAGGAAUGAUGGGGAACGAAGUCAAAACAACCCCAAGCCAUCCCACUCAAGAUUGUGAAAUAGGCUCAGUGCUUGGCCGCAGUUUUGCAGGAAGGAUAAGAGGACUAAGGCCAGGGGA